AUGCUCGGUCCCGAUCAGACGACAUUUGGUACUCCGAACUGGUCGGCCGACCAAUCAGAUGCUGGCUCUGAGCAUGAGGACGUCAACAGUGAGGAUGAGGCAGGGAGGGCGAAGACUCAAGAAGCGGCAAACAUCAGCAGACUGGUUGAUUCCCUGAGAGCAUACGAAGCGGCAACUGUACCUUUGCUCGCGGGAGUGGGGUCGGAGCAACGAUGGCGAAAUGUCGAACAUGACCUGGCACCCGAUGCAACAAUCGUCAGGUGGUCGGAGGACGGCGUUGGGAAAUUGUUGGGCGAUUCCGGCCUCUGCUGUACACUCAUGGACGAGGUUUUGCUAGCCACCAGGGAGCUCGCCGAUCUGGAGGCCGAGGCCUUGGCCAAAGCUGCGCUCAAGACCACGGCGGCGGAAUCGACCGGCAGCACGGGAGAGGUGACGGAGCAUGAGCGCAAGGCUGCCCUCAGUACCAGGUACCCAUGUGCCUUGACCUUGACGGACAUGCGCGACUUGGACGAGCGAUCGCACAAGCAGGUGAAGUUUCUGGCAGCAGAGAGAUCCAGGAUGCUUGGAUGGUUCGGUUUCGAACCGAACGUCACUGGGCUGAAGGAGACUGACAUCAGUAUUCUGGGCGAAAUCAGCAAGACGCAAUCGGAACUCGUGGCCAGACUCAACGACCUGAAGAAGACGCACUCGCUGGCGUGGCCGAUGCCGGUGGAGAAGACCCAUAUGUCAACUGACGUCGACGAUGACGGGUGGGGGGAAUGGGCAGUCGAAGGCGAGAAUGCAGGGACCGUCCCGGAGCCCAUCGAGCCAAACAUUCAAACGGACCGGAUCAUGGACGACGUUCUGAGCGUCUUUGGGCCUCAUCAUCACCUCACUCAGCUUUUCGAAGCGUACUUUUCCGGGUUGGCAGUACGCACUGCCGAGGGUUGGAAAGGCCGGGCGGCGAAGAAGAGCAAAGCAGGUGCGUCGACGGCCUGA